GCCAAUCCUACCCCAUGUAGCGCGCUUGCCGUCGUUGGCCAGGUCGCACAGCGGUCGUCGCGAACACCCUGGACGUAUUGCCGUUGUCGAAAUCUGAGACGCGUCGACUGUCCUUGGCCCGAGAGGCAAAACAAGUCUCCACAGGGUUUGUAUUUGCCAUUCUUUGUGAGGUCAGAGGUACGGCGGGACAGUAACCAUGGCGCUCGUGACGGGUGCCGAGCUGCGGCGUCUGCUGCAUCCGCACUACCUGGUAAACUUGCUUCUGGCGGCAUGUUUCCCCGUGCUUCGGUUGGUGCGGCCAUUCUGUGAUGUGCUGUUUCCGGGCGGCGAUUGCCAGCUGGACUUUCGUGAGACCGAGAUCCUCACGUUCGUGGCCGUGGUGGUGCUCUUCCGAACGCGCAAGACGGGCGUGGUGCGCCUGCUACCUUAUCUGAGUACGGCAUGUAUGUAUGCCAAGGUGGCCGGCCUGCUACUCUUCUUCUACUGGGACCCCCGGCUGGGCCUGGUGUACGGCGCUCUGUGCCUGCUCCAGCUGCUGGUGCUACCCGAGCCGCCGGCGUACGGCGGGCCGGACCCCGUCCUGUACCUGGACGCCGAGAGCUUCGGCGAGCAGGUGCAGCGCGGCGACCGGCGCGUCUGCUGGCUCGUCGCCUUCUACGCCCUGUGGAGCCCCGCCUGCGUCCAGAUGGCGCCGGCGUUCGCCCAGCUGGCGGCGCGUUACGCGCUCGACAACCUGCGCUUCGCCAAGCUGGACGUGACCCGCUUCCCCGACCUGGCGCACGCGCACCACAUCAGCACGGCCGCGCUGAGCCGCCAGCUGCCCACGGUGCUGCUGUUCCGGGGAGGUCGCGUGGUGGCGCGUCGGCCCGAUGCCCAGGGCGGCAAGCUGGCGCCGUUCGCCUUCACCGAGGACAACAUGGCGGCGGCGUUCGACCUCAACAACCUGCACCAGGAGUGCCGCCAGAACUCGAUCCGCAAGAAGCCGGCCGGGAAGCAGAGCUGAGCUCACACUGUGCCAAGUGGACUGCCUUGUGAGACCAGCCGCCAGCAGUUUGCCAAGUGCAGAAUUGGUGAACCACAAGACAGUGGUUCACCAAUCGCAUGAUGCUUGCAGAUUGCAGGGACAGUGAUUAUUGGGGCAGAGCCUAGGACAUACACAAUUCUAUUAAGUGUGUACUAUGCAUGCCAGAGAACGGAUCGUGGUCUGCAACAUGCUAGUCAGUAGAUAGCAGGUUUUGGAUGCUAAGUUUGAAACGUAGGAGGCCACUCAUUCCAGUAUGGUAUGGAGUACCAUGUUGCACAUAUGAGACCACAUACAGGAAAUUUGUACUUGCCAUUUGAGAUGAGCUUGCUCUGGACACUGGACAAAGUACUGGAUCAUCAUCUACACUAAGGUCGAGAUUUGGAGAGAACAACUAAUUAGUAUUAUAGCACUGAUUAGCGCUACAAUUAAACAUAGAGGUUUGCAGGCUACUUCAUAGAUUAUUUGCGGUAUUGGCCACCUUGGUUCAAGGAACCAUGGAAUGUACAGCUAAAUUUUGCUUGGGUUCGGUGUUUACAGAAGUUCUCAUCUGCUCUGCACAUCCAUGAAGACCUCUAUAUAAAAUGAAUUUGUUAUUGUUGCAUUCUUGUCUAUUACAAAUCAAGGACAUCCAAAAGAGUAGGCAAACAGUUCAACAUGUGAAAGGCUGUGGUGAUUUAGCCUGUUUUUGCAUAUGAAAAAUAACUUAAAAUCUAAUUCCUUCAAACAGGCAUUCACUGUGGACUAACUCUAAGUUCUCACACUGCCCAAAUGCAUUCAUAGAAAGGGGUCACUGUAGCCCCUCCCUGUCCCAAAAUUUACACAAGAUUUGAAUGUUGUGCCAUUUGUGCAUAAAGUGUUGCCAACAAAAAAAAAAUAAAACACAACGCGACAGCUGGCAGUUCAGGGUUAUUAAAUAAUGGAGCACUACACGAAAGAACAGCGUUUUUAUUGUUGAGCAAUAUCUUAAAAUUAAUAAAAGUUUGGCAGCUACAGUUCGCAAUUUUCAUACUAGAUAUAGUCAGAAUAGUGAUUUCAUCUGUGAAGAGAUUGGGGUUAUUUGAAGUCUACGGUUCAUGCCAACAAGCCCAUGAUCACCCAUGCCUUGGAGGAGAUUGAGUGCUGUAUCAACAAAGUUCAGCCACACUUAUGCAAAACGGUUAUGGAAAAUUUCAACAAAAGAGUGCGCAUGUGCCAGCAAAGCCGUGGAGGCCAUUUACAUGAUAUGCUAUUCCGUUCAUAACCCUAUGCUGUGUACUUUAUGAAUCAAUGAAAAAGGUACAAUAUUUAAAUAUAAACUUAUGUUUUCUAUCAACAUUACUGCUUGCAUGAACUUUGGGACACCUUAUAUGAUUGGGCGUUUGAAGGUUCAAGUGCAGCAUCUGCCUCAGCUUAUGCAACAGUAGCUCCCAGACUUUCUUGUUUCAAGAAACACCAUCACCAAAAGCCUACAAGGCAUCCCACUUUGUUGCUUCAACAAUGGAAAUAAGACAAAAUGUAUGUAAACAAGCAGUUGCUCAUGGAAUGCCUGGGCUUUAAAUUAAAGUUAUCAUGUUGGCAUUUUAGUCUGCAGAAAGCCAAAAUGGUUCAUAAUCAUUGUGCCAUAAAGGUAUCCUGUAAAAUAUAUUUAAAUAAAUAAAUCGGCAUGAGCAUGAGUGAGUACUCGGGGCAAUUGCAUUGAUGAAGAAAAUUCAACAGGGUUAAGAAAUGUGAAUCCCAGAAAGCUGUCUCGAGACUCAGGGGGCUUCCAUGUAACCAAGUUUAUUGCCUCGUAGUUUACAGGAACGUCCAGCUGAGUAGCAUUUUUUAGUGUGAAAUGCUCCUUUCCAACCAGUUUUUUGCAGGGAGUAUCCGUAAUCCAAUCUAGGUAGCUUGAAAUCCACUGCAAGCCAUUAGAGGUGGAAUCAAACCCUGGCUCCAUUGGGCAGCUGUAGGUAAUAUGCCGAUGUGCUAAUGACUGAGCUUAUUGGCCAGGUGCAUGCCACUAUGCUUUGCUUGUCAUGUGAUGCAAAUGCAAACACUGGCUCGGAAGAGUAGUUGCUUGUGCGUGUCGUACAGGCAAGACCAAAUAGCAAAAGAGAGUCCUAGGGAGAACGUUGCCUCAUCGACAACAGUCUGAAGUGACCCCGAGCCAGAAUGGCACCCAUCAGAACAAGUCCUUCCAGCAAGGUCACCCAUGUUUCCUGCAUUGUCACAACGACCGCAGAGGAGAUGCCGUCCUGACGAAAUUACUUGUGCCGGUGCUCUGGCGUUGGGUGUGUGACUGCAGUUCAGUGUGCUCCCAUUGCUGAACACCUGGUAAGGGAGAACUGCUUGUUGGGUCAGUUGGUGCCCCAGAGGCAAAGCAACACUUGGAUGACUACAGCAAUGGCCAGCACAGCCAGUGAUUCGUCAAGUUGGAUUGUCCUACUCAAGAAUUCAUCUGUUAUUUAUACACACAUUUUUAUCAUACAUUCCAUGGCAGUUGGUGGUUGUUGUACAGAUUCGCCUUAGGAUAGCGAGUUGGUCUAAGUUCACAAUGGCAUCAUAAAGCACUGCAGUGCUUUGCACUUGUGCUUGUACCUCUUUCUGCCAACCACACACAUAUCUUCCUGGAAUUCGGUGCUUUGGGAUGCAUUCACACUGUGCACAUGUACUGCACUAUUUGCAUUGCACACAAUCAGAUUAGGCAGGUCUCUCCAAAUGUUGAAUUAGCACCAAAUUUUUCUGAUAAAGCAAGUAGGCCUUGUGUGAAGGCGAUAACAUAAUCCUGAUAAUUUUGUCAGAGAAAUCACCAGCAAGAAAUAAAACAAUGCUAGUCUGUUGCUGCACUCAUGCUUUGUGUGCCACAUACUACAUGCAAACGAUAUGUGUGCUGAUCAAGAAUAGAAUACUGGGCAAGUUGGAAUAGGAUUCAUGAAGCGGUGUUCACACGUGGGACUUCUGCCGAGGAUAUUGAGUUGGGCCAUCCAUGAUGUUUCCAGCGAGCCUCCUCUCCCUGCCCCGCAAGUGCCAAAGUAGUGCGCUGAGCAGAUGCACACGCGAAGGCUGGAUGCAUCUCUGGGGAUAGGGUAGCAUUUGCAGCUCUCAAGCAAGUGUUCUCCUCAUCCCUGUGCCAUCUGACGAAGGUGUGAUGUCGCGGUGACAUGGUGCACUCUCCUUGCAGGGUAGUGGCAGAUUUCUCCUCGUAAUGUACAGUGCAGAAAGGACACGGACAAGCCUAUGUCGCAGCACUCUGUCCGGUCUCUUAAUGUUUUCUGGCAUGUUUAUGUGCUGUAACAGUACGAAGAAUGCUCCACAAACUAGCCCACCAGCAAAUAUUAUUGCAGUUGUGUGUAAUAUUCGAAGCACACUCCACUGCAUGGGGUUGCUUGCACCUAUGCAGUGGAGUGUGAAUCUGCUUUUUGAACUAUGGAUGCGCAGAUUCCUUUCUUAAUAUUAGUGUUUUAUGUCUCUAGCAGAAGCUGCUAGAUGGCUAAUUUGCUGCUUACCAUUACGCACUUAAUGCAAUCUUGACCUGAUCGAAAAAGCGCCAGCAGCUGAAAUCCUCAAUGAAAAAAAAAGAAAAGAAAAUGGCAUUUGUCAAAGGUUCGCAUGCUCAAGCCGACUUGACAGCCAGUCUAGUAAUGGGACUCUUCUUUGAUCUUCAUCAAUUUUCCUGCUGGAUAGCUGAAUAAACUCUGUGCAGUCAUUACCAUACAGCGAUCAAAAAUAUGUUUGUUCCGUGACAGGUGGUUUUGUUGUGAGGCCUAGAGUGCAGGCUGCCUUAAUUCAUCUUGGGGAGAUAGUGAAAACAAGAGAAGUAUGUAAUAUUUGUGCCUGCCCAAUGCUUUUUCUUUAAUAAUGGUUUCUGCCCUUUCCUGAAUACCAACCUACAAACUUAGCCAACCAUGUAUAAGACCACUUUGUUCUGGCGUACCAACACUGGGCUGGUGUAAUGUAAUAAGUCCAUUCCAAUUUUUCACUCCACGCUUUGUCAUUAGUCUUUCUAUGUUACAACCAGGAUUGGUCACUCACAAGCAGUGUAAAGGAAUAGAAGUCGGCAAUAAAGAACCAUUACCUUGCAUAGACCAUGGCCUUUAGACUUCGCUGUAGCUGUGCAAUUUUCAUUUGAAUAAAAAGUCUCAACUUGA